GAGGCGGCAAAGAGUUCUCUAGUUUCGGUUUGGACACCGUCUUUGAUGUUAACUCCAUAGUGGCUGAGGUCCUGUUGUGAGUAAGCACCUCUCUCUCCGGUGCGCCAUUCUAGGUGAUGAGGUGAGGUACGUCCACACAGAUGCUGACCUGCUGGCCAUGGAGAAGGCAGCCAAAGGGAAGAAGGACAUGGUUCUCAGUUAUGUGCGUAGUCUGGGAACACAGGAACACAGAUCACUAAUGGAGACAGCUUAUGUUUACGGAUCAAAAUAUCAGUUCAUUCUCAUAACUGGAGGUCCAGUAUUAAAGCAACUAGGAGUAAACGAAUCAUCCCAGCUGUCCCAAGUGUGGUUCCUCCACUGUAGAGCCGAUGACACCUCCAUGACCCCGGUGACCUCUGAGCGCUGCCCGUCGACGCGUAUGAGGAAGGCCCUGUCCACUCUUAACCUGCACGCCUUCUUACAGCUUUUGGAGGCCCCGCUUGUGUCUGAGGUGUACGUCGACCCUUCCUUGGUCCCGCCCCCACAGCUCCCCUAUCAGCUGACGCCUCAGGUUUUCCUCUUUUCCCACCCGGCGACUGCUCAACUUGACCGCGACGUGGCCGCCGCUCUAGCCUGGAGGCUGCGAGGCGUCGCUCUGCUGCUGCUGGUGCACAGGCAGAGCCCAGCAGUGAAGACCCCUGAUAAGUACAACGCUGCCUAUCGGCUGCCUGAGAAGAGUUCAGAGGUGAAAUAUUUGACCUUGCACAGCUUCGAUGAAGUAUUGACGCUCUUCACAAAGCAUGAGGAAGCAGAGCAGGGGGAGGAAGAGGAUGAUCACGUGGAUGAAGAUGAAGAAUCCCAUUUAGGUGAACUGGAUGAUGAAGUCGCUGCAGAGGUCUAUAAAAACCGAGCCCACCUCCACGACAUGGAUUCAGUCACUCAGCUAACUUCACACAACUUCCACAAUGAAAUUGCAGAAAGUAGCCUCACAGUGGCGCUGUUCUAUCUCAAAUGGGAUGCUGUUUCAAUGGAUUUCCUCAGCUCCUUCAUUGAAGUUGCAGAAAGACUUGAAGAUUCCCAUGUUGAGGACGUUCAUAUGUGUGUGGUGGACUGCGGGGAGUGGACUGACCUCUGCGCUGCUCAGCCUGGCAGGGCUGUCCCGUUCCAACCAAUCACAGCGUUCCCUAGCAUUCUGCUAAUGCGCCCUCACCAGUCGGCCCAGCACUACAGAGGAAUGCUGACAGGGGAGGCUUUGCAUCGCUUCAUCAUGAUGAGCCGUGAGGCGUCUCCUGUGCUACUGUCCACCAAGGAGGAAGUGACCUCCUUCCUUCAGGAGUCUCCUCACCCUGAUCUAGCUGGUUACAGGCCGGACAGAGCCCUGGGACUGUUUAGGACUGAAAGCCAAUCAGGUCUGUCUGUGUUCAUUGAAGCAGCUAAGUCAUUAAGAGGAGAGGUUCUGACAGGACUCCUAACUGACGUAGUGAUGGAAGAAUGGGCUGCAGAGCAUGCUGUGGACCCUCCUGCAGUUUUGUUGUUUCCCUCCUGGAGGGAACCUGCCAACCCUUCAGUGUUGCCAGUGGAGUCAUCUUCUAAAGAGCUGCUGGCCCGCAUCUACUCUGCUCUGCUCCAACCUGUGCCUGAGGUGACUGUGGAAAGCCUGCCGUCCCUGAUCUCCCUGGGUAAAGCUCUCCUGCUUCUCUUUGUGGGUGAAGAAGAUGAUGAGAUUGGGCGGAGGCACAACCAGGCACUGGUGGAGGAGCUGGCAACAGUGGUGGAGCAGGGAGGCGCCAAGAUGGAGCGAUACCUGCCCUGCUGGAUCCACCUUGGCCACACUCCAGCUGGUAUGUCUGUUCUGGGGUCGUACCUGGGCUCUAUGCCUCCACUUCCUGCCUUGGUGCUCACACAUUUACCCAGUGGGGAUGAAGUGUACCAGUAUCCACCCAGUGCCCCUAUACUGGGCUCCUCCGUGCUGCAGUGGCUGCAGAGAGUUGAGGACGGGAUGGAGUCACCUGCAGGGAUGCUGGGUGGUGACGGCUGGCCUCCUGCUUUUCAGUUCUACGACUUCCUGAAACUCAUGGACAUGCCGGAAACCGAGGAGGAAGUGGAGACGGAGGAAGUGGAUGUCGAGGAACAUUUGGUGACUAAAAGAAUUCCAGACGACCAACUGGAUAUGAAAACUAAACUUCACUCUGAACUCUGACCUUUAAACGACACUACUGACUAUUUACUGAAAGCAUUAUCAAUAAGCGGUUAUUAAGUUGUAUACCAACCUUUCUUGCACUUGAGUG